UAAUUCCUGUCCUCAUCACGCGCAUUUGCAGCAGCCAUCAUAACUAUUACUCGUACAUGUCAUGUCCAGAGGAUCCCUCCUCGCCUCCCACUUAAAAGUUCCAGCAUUCCAAUAAUGGGAUUCCUACAGAUCCAAAUCAUAACGAUGCAAUCGAGCAUUAUAGAGACCUUUCAAGAAUCAUCCUUGUUAUCAAAUUACACACGAUACCCUCUGACAUAUUACACUUCACUCCUCGAGCGGACGGCCAAAACAGCUCAUACAGCCAUUCUCAAGAUCCUCGCACAACUUGCGGCACGAAUGAUUGAAGUACGCCUAGGCGAUUCGAUAUCUUCGCCUCCGCUACUGCAGAUACCUGGUGCAUUCCCCGUCGUACAUCCUACUGUAACAACAUCGCUCCCGCAGCAGCAUCAACACCACCACCUCUCGCAAACAGUUCCUUCGGGCAGUGGGACGAGUACUUCUAACACUACGAAUACCACGUCAGCGACCAUGGCCACAAUGCACACGGCACAAACAUCGCAUCCGAGCACCACGAUUAAACUCCCACCCAUCUCUCGUGCUUCUUUGAAACUUUUCUGUCCUCACGUGUCCGUACUCCUGGGUCGCCACGCUCUGCCUUGCACCUCUUCGAUGGCGCAGAGAGCAUGCCAACAUUGCACGUACGUCGCGCCUUUGAACACAGAUCGUGCAUGGUCAAUCACUUUGCCAACCACCUUGGCAUCAAAUUCGUGUCCAUCUUCAUCAAAAGCCUCGCCAUCAUACAGCACAUUUUUUCUGACACACACGUUCUUCCUCUCUUCGCAUAGGCAGGUUGAAGAUGGUGCGGGCAAAGGCAACGUGGGUUUCGCAUGCCUAACGUGCGCUCGGUAUCGCAGGUACGAUACGGUUUGCAAUCGCGUUGAUGAACUUGCAAGCCACAUAUGGGAGGAACACACUGCAGACGAACUUGAAGGCGAGGAAGGUGUUGUCCGCAAGUGAGAAGCGGAUGGUCCGUUUCGUUUUGGCGAACUCGGACGAUCUGAUGAUCAACUUUUCCCUGUUGGACAUUGGCUACCCAAAACUCUUAGUCAUGUUGACAUACUAACUUCAAUUUCACACGAAGUUAAGAAAUCAGGAAUUCCAUUAUCCCGUUCAGUUUGAACGUUCAUUCGACACCGGUAUAUCGUACAUC